UAAGUCCAGAAGCAGCCGCGGAGCAGUUCCUCACGCUACUGUCCGCCUCAGCGGCGCUGUACCGGCACCCUGCUGCAAAGCGGAACGCAUCUGCGCCCGGCCGCUGUUUUCCCACGGACUCAUUGACGGCGGGACCCAGCCGGGCCGGGGGGAGCCUGAGCGGGCGGGCAGUGGCACGAGGAGCCUGUUCAAGAUGGAGGGGGUGACCGAGGGGCGGUGGGAGUCUCUGCCCGUCACGCUCAGCCCGGGCGUCCUGCAGACCCUGCGGGAGCUGGGCUUCCCCCACAUGACCCCCGUGCAGUCUGCAACCAUACCUUUGUUUAUGAACAAUAAAGAUGUUGCUGCAGAAGCGGUAACAGGCAGUGGCAAAACAUUAGCUUUUGUAAUUCCCAUAUUAGAAAUUCUCCUCAGACGGGAAGAGAAGUUAAAGAAAAUGCAGGUUGGAGCCAUAGUCAUCACACCCAUAAGAGAGUUAGCUGUUCAGAUUGAUGAAGUGCUAUCACAUUUCACAAAACACUUCCCCCAAUUUAGCCAGAUUCUUUUGAUCGGUGGUAGGAAUCCAAUAGAAGAUAUUGAAAAAUUCAAAGAACAUGGUGGGAACAUCAUUAUAGCCACACCAGGCCGUCUAGAGGAUCUGUUCAGAAGAAAAGCAGAUGGGCUGGAUUUAGCAAGUUGUGUGAAAUCACUUGAUGUGCUGGUAUUGGAUGAAGCAGACAGACUUCUAGAUAUGGGAUUCGAAGCAAGUUUAAAUACCAUUCUGGACUUUUUGCCCAAGCAGAGACGAACAGGCCUGUUCUCAGCAACUCAGACUCAAGAAGUAGAGAACCUGGUGAGAGCAGGUCUCCGAAAUCCUGUCCGCAUCUCAGUGAAAGAGAAGGGAGUGGCAGCGAGUAGCACUCAGAAAACACCCACACGGCUUGAAAAUUACUAUAUGAUAUGCAAAGCGGAUGAAAAAUUUAAUCAGCUGGUGCAUUUUCUUCGACGACACAAGCAGGAAAAACAUCUAGUCUUUUUCAGUACCUGUGCCUGUGUGGAAUAUUAUGGGAAAGCUCUGGAAUCCUUAGUUAAAAAUGUGAAAAUAAUGUGCAUUCAUGGGAAAAUGAAACAUAAACGUAACAAGAUUUUUACCGAGUUUCGGAAACUCCCAAGUGGCAUUUUAGUUUGCACUGAUGUGAUGGCCCGUGGCAUAGACAUUCCAGAAGUAAACUGGGUUUUACAAUAUGAUCCACCUAGCAGUGCAAGUGCCUUUGUGCAUCGCUGUGGUCGAACAGCUCGAAUUGGCCAUUUAGGCAGUGCGCUUGUGUUUUUGCUUCCCAUGGAAGAAUCUUAUGUUAAUUUUCUCUCAAUAAACCAAAAGUGUCCCAUGCAGGAAAUGAAACCACUGAAAAAUGUGGUAGAUGUUCUUCCAAAACUGAAGUCUCUGGCUCUGGCCGACAGAGCCAUGUUUGAGAAAGGGAUGAAAGCAUUUGUAUCUUGUGUGCAGGCCUAUGCCAAACAUGAGUGCAAUCUUAUCUUCCGAAUAAAAGAUCUGGACUUUGCUAGUUUUGCUCGAGGUUUUGCUCUGCUGAGGAUGCCAAAGAUGCCUGAACUAAAAGGAAAGUGUUUUUCAGACUUUGUUCCUGUCAGUAUUGAUACAGACUCCAUUCCAUUCAAAGAUAAAAAUAGAGAAAAACAAAGGCAAAAACUGUUAGAGCAACAAAGAAAGGAAAGACAAGAAAAUGAAGGAAAAAGAAAAUUCAUAAGGAAUAAAGCCUGGUCAAAGCAGAAAGCCAAAAAGGAGAAGAAGAAGAAAAUUACAACGAAACGGAGAAGAGACGAGGGCUCAGAUAUUGAAGAUGAGGAAAUGGAGGAGCUGCUGAAUGACACACGACUUUUGAAAAGGUUAAAAAAGGGUAAAAUUAGUGAGGAAGAGUUUGAGAAGAGGCUGCUGAGCAGUGAGAGAAAAGUCAAAGCUGUGGUUGACUCAGAGUCUGAAGAUUGACAAUCAUGCUUCAACCAUCUCUCCAUGAAGAUGUCUCUCGUUUUAGUAAAGCUGUACUUUUACACAAGGCCGCUUCAUGCUGUGCUUUGUGUUACCUACAAAACUGUCUUGGCUUCCAUAAGUAUUAUGUGCAUCUAGUAGAAUCUCUACAGUCUCUACUGGGGGCACAAGCAUAGCUGCAACUUUGAAGACAGAACUAAAUCAGAUGACUGUUCCAAAACUGAAUGCUUCGGGUAAGAAAUGUAGAAUUCAGUUAUCAGGUGCCUGGUGGAUUCUUUUUGUUCAGAUGUGUACCUAACAUAUCUGGAAUUAUUAAGUAAUUUUUAAACCUGUUCAGAGGUUGUAUGUGGAGAAAGGCAGUUUAGGUGUCAGGCUCAUAAUGCUGCACCCCUCUACAAAAAUUUAUUUUAGAGCGUCAGACCCUCAAUGACUUACACUUCUGUUUGCACACUGGUCCAUUUAUAUGUAAUAAAUGAAUUCAAAACUUGCUGCUUUACUGUAAAAAUCAGAAGGCUGCUGGUAAUGAAGCUAAUCCUUAUACAGUUUCCUUUCUACAACAUGUUGGGAUAGUUUAUAUCUGUCAAACUCUGCAACUGUAAAGAGAUGGUCAUUGAACAACAGAGCACAACGUGCAGUGAAUCUGCUCUAUUACAGAUAAAGUUUAAUAAGUUCAUCGCUGACAGCUGAUGGAGUUAACACACCUAGAUCUGUAAACAGCAAUGUAAUUAAUGAUGGUGAGGUGUAGUCAAUCCAGGGGUGCUCCUCAGUUAGACUUCGGUUUGUUUUCAGGGUGUCUGCUUUGUACUGGGGGGGGAGAAGAAAACCAUGAGUGGUCACAAAAUGAUAGGCCAUAAUCUUUUUUGAGCUUGAAUAAUAAUAUGGCCUUAACCAAACUUUAUCGACCCAAGCUGUAGCUGAAGGAACCCACAGCUCUAACCACAGCAUAGAGUGGUGCCACCUAGUACGGCCACUUCAUCAUCUACACAGUAAUAGAUAAGGUUUAUCGUUCUGGAAAGAGUUUCCCUUGAUCCAGCCAUUCUGCUCCCAGCUGCUUGUCCUGUGUACUGAGUGAGCUGCUUCAGGAACAGUAUGUUGGUAGCACUGAGGGGGAAGUGCUGCUGCUUCUGGCAGUUUGGUUGAGUGUACACAGAGCAGGAAGCUUUUCAAUAUUAUAAAAUACUAGUAAAGUGCGUGAGGGUGGGAAAAUCUAAAUUGGCAAACACACUUUUGUUUAAGCUGUACUGUAUGUUAUUACAGGUUGGGUGUGGCUUUGACUUACUCUAGAUAAAAAAAUGUAAACUACAUUUUCAGUGCAUUAGGUGUAAAUUUAUGGUUAAGGUCUUAAAUUUAUGAUAUUAUUUGCUCACAGAACCAAUUUACACGCAGCUCUGCGGGUUAGAAAGUAUUCUGAAUUUCCCUUACCUUAAACUUAUCUGGGACAUCCUGUUGAUUUAGAGGGAAGAGUCUUACAAACUUGAAGCUUUCUGCUACCACGUAAAACGGUUUAUUCUGAGCUUUGGCGCACACAGCCAUUUGAUUUGUACCAAUCUGCGGAGACAGUUAGAUGAAAAACAGUAUAUACACUCAGUGCUAGAGUGACAGUAAACUUCCAUGGUUCCAACUGGUAGACCCUUCAAGUGUACUUAACAUCUAAACUAAAAGCACUUCUGAAAAGGCUGGAACUCAUCCUAGAAAUAAAGCUUAAGAAACAGUAUGCUCUUUUAAAAGAGAGUUUUGUCUGUGCACCAUUACGGGUCACAACACCCCUGUGAAUAGACAAGUAUUAUCCUCAUUUUACAAAGCAGGAGACUGAUGCACAGAGGAAGCAGUAGUACAAAAGGGAACAGCAGCCAGGAGUCCUGACUUCCACUCCCUAUUCUGACAAAUGAAGAAUACACCUGUUAGUGUGUUUCAGGUCAGGAAAGUUUCAUCUUUGUUUAUUCUAACCAGCUUUCAUGUGUAAUGUACUCCUCCUUCAAGCCAAAAAGUUAUCUUUCUAUCUGCAAACUCUAACUAGUCUUUAGGCCAUAUUCUAUUUUGCAUAUCAAUAUGAAAGUUGCAGACAGAAUAUGGUUAUUUUUAAACAGUAGUGUAAGCAAAAUAAAUCUAUUGCUUUAGAUAUAGACUUAUUGAUGCUGACAACUAUGUAAAACUGAAACUGAUUGGACUCUGAAGCAAAACAGAUUUUAGCUUAAACUUUAAGUAUAUUGUAACCAUGAAGACUAUUCAGUUGCAACGGACUGUAGAAGGUGGCAAUUUAUUGUAAUAGUCUUAAUCAUGACACUAAUACACAGGGGUUAUUCACAAAUAAUUAGCAGCAGCAAUCGGAGUUUCCUGAAUUAACCUCCCCCUGCAUCAUCUAGAAGAAGCCCAUUAAGCUCUAGUGAGUAAAAAUCUAUUAGAAAUACAAUGCAAACAUUGCUCACAUUUUCAAAAUCUAUCAACACGCACAGACUGGUCCAGGUAUAUGAAGAAUCACUAAUUUAGCACCUCUUACCUUGUUAAUAAUUCCUCCGCUUUCAACCACGCCUUCAGCACCAACUAUUACCAGGUUCACUCUCUCCAUGAUGUAGCUGUUUAAGAAAAAAAGUUAAAUCAUAUAGUAUAGUACUAGAAAUGUGACUUAAACAAUUUUGUUAAUACCUCAUGAUCAUUUUGCUUUUCCAGUACACUAGUCAUUCUUGCAACUAUCCAGAUAUAUGCAUGCAGCCUCUUCAUAUGUCCUUGGAAUUAUCCUUCCUUGAUCUCCCCAAACAGGAAUAUAAAAUAACCAGUGCUUCGCCAAACAUACUUGAGGCAUUAACCUCAAAAGUUCCUGAGGAUAUUUUGGCUGAAGUCUAGUAGUUACUAGUAAUCAGUUACAGAAAUUUAGAUAUUCAAUAUUAACUUCAUAAUAGUCUAUCUUAGCUCCAUAUUUCAAGAUGGUCACAACCAAAAUAUACUUUUAAAUAAUUCCAAAUGCCUUUAAUCCUGUGUUUUCCCUGCUUUUGAUGCCCCCUCACAUCUGUUUUUCCCUUAUACUGAUAGAAAGAAGAUACUUUUUGGAUGAGAGGUGCUCUAUAAAAGUACAGAGAUAGCAUGUAUCCUGGUGCAUGAAGGAAAUGCAACACCAACUAAAAUGCUCAUAAGGAGAGAAGUUCUGUUUUUUCAGUUCUGUCUCUAAGAGUUAUCUGGCCAGAUACUAUGAAAUCAGUGACCUGACUGAUUAAGUUAACUAUGUUGUAAAAUAUAGCAAGUUAGAGUGGUGUGUAUCUUCUUGACAAUUGGCUCUCAGGCAAUUGGAUAGAGAAUUAAGUUUUAAUAAUGCACUGUUCAUAAGAACAUAAACUUAAGAACGGCCAUACUGGGUCAGACCAAAGGUCCAUCUAGCCCAGUACCCUGUCUUCCGACAGUGGCCAAUGCCAGGUGCCCCAGAAUGAACAGAUGAUCCGUCCCCCAUCGCCCAUUCCCAGCUUCUGGUAAACAGAGGCUAGGGACACGAUCCCUGUUCCACUCUCAUGCAUUUAGGACUCAAAUUCUGGUAUCUAGUAAGCAAUUAUUCGCUUUUU